GAUACCGGUCUCAAUUAAACUGCAUUCAUGGAAGAUGGACACUCAUCAGUGCUCGUUUUACUAUGUAGAAGCAGCCAUAUAAAUACUGUUAUUGCAACUAGCGAUCAUCAGUCAGGAUCUAUUCGUCCAGAAGACAACAAUCUCCAUACAAGAUGAAAUUCGUAGUUUUGGCCGUCGCUUUGAUUGGAACCGCCUCAGCCAGUCUUGUUGCUCCAUUGGGCCAUGGAUACUCCGGAUUGGGAUGGGGACAUUCAGCUGUCGGCGGACCAGUUGUUGCUUCAGUAGCUCCUGCCAUCAGCACCUAUUCAGCUCAUGCUGUAUCUGCUCCAGUUGUUGCUUCAGUAGCUCCAGUCAUCUCCUCAUACCAUGCUGCUCCAGCUCUUGUUUCUGCCCCAGCUCUCACUGCCCAUGCUGUAGCUACUCCAAUCAUCUCUGCCCACAGUGGUCUUGCUAGUCCAGUCAUUGGCCAUGGUUGGGGACAUGAUGUCAUCGCUCUUGACCUCUGGAAGAAGAAGAAGGCUGCCGCUCACUAAGGACUUGUAACGAACAUCUGGGUUUGGAAGGACAAAUAAAUUAGAUUUAUGACAUAAUGAA